UUGCAUAACCUGUUGUCUCCGAGUCUUUAUCCAGGCCGCCCUGAAGAAGCUCACUUGUCCUCUCCUCGCAGCAGCAUCAAUUGACUUCCACUCAGCACCAUGUUUGCUCAGUUGUGCUCCGUCUUGCUGGCUCUCUCCUCUCUGGCCGCUGCGUCUGAUCCAGGCUGCGAUGAGCUGAUUAAACCCCUGGAGGACCGAAGCAAGGUUUAUGGGAAAUGGAUAUUCUACGCUGCAACGUCUGACCGUGCAGAGGACCUGAAGUCGUACAGAAUCUCCAGCAGCUCCUGGGUUAAAAUCUCGCCCAUACCUGACAGUGAUGAAUUCACAAUGCACUACGUUGAUAAAAUUGAAGGAAAAUGUGUUUACGGGGCUGCUAAUUCCAGCACUUCAGGAAACUCUACCAAAGUGAUCUUUCACUUUAACUCCACUGCUCAUGAGCAUGUUGGGGGGUACCUGGAGACCUGCGCUGAAUGUACCCUCUGGACAGACGAGACGGUGUCAGAGGUCAACGGGGAAGUCAGAAAAAGCAAGAACCUCUUCCUCUUCACAAAGACAGGAAGACUGGAGACCGCUGAUCGAGAGGUUUUGGAAAAACAGGCCAAGUGUCUCAACCUCUUGCCAGAUUUCUAUUUUCCGGAUACUACAGACCUAUGUCCUGAAGAAAGCGAGACUACCGCUGCCCCCACAGACGCAAACACAGAGAGACAAUAAAGUCAUCGCCUUCACUCGGCAUCUCACAGCUGGUGUUCCUGGAGUCUUUUAAGUGAACCUGCUUGGAGAAAACACUUUCCCAGUUAAACCCCCAUGCAUCACUUUUUCCUUCCUGUUCAGAAAUAAACUUUCACUAGUCGUGUGCAAAUUCAGUACUAUGUUCUUGAUGUGUUCAAUUAUGCUGAGAGAAAUAGAAAUCAUUAGCCUGGAAACGUUGUUUUAACUAUUUUUAUUUAGAGUUCACUGUUAGAGACGUCCAAAGCUGUUCCAAAAAUCCAAUGCUGGCAUCCUCUAAAAUGUGGAAGUGUUUUUCUUUUCUUUGAAAACAAGUGAAAUGCUUCUUUGAUCCCGAGAGUUUACUUUCGCUUUAAAUGUGACGUUUAAUCUCACUGAACAUCAAUGGAGUCCGUUUUUUUUGUGUGUGUGUCCUAGUGGUUUGCCUCUGCUCUCCUUCAAUGUUGAAUUUAUUUUCACCCCUCUCUUUGAGGGGAUUCUCUGACAAGUAUUUAAGAGAGAAAAUGUAUAAGAAGGGAACACACUCCAAAAGGAUAGGAUUAGCUUUUGAUGGAAAACCCCUGGAAGGCCAACAUGGCCGACAACACAUGACGUAUUAGACGUUAUUUGCACCUUCUGUUGAAUGCUUGAACGCACUGUGUGAUUUUAUGCAUUUGUUGCAUUUACAGUACAUGUAGUUGUUUGCAUGAAAAGUAAAUAUAGCGGUCUACCUAAAGGGCAAACAGUUUAACAGCGCACCCGCUAUGAAGUAAUUGAAUAUUUUCACUUUGGCAAAUAAAAUGGAUGAAUGACGGUUUACCAUUAAACCAAGUAGUGUUCGCUAAAA